CUGCCACGUCAAUGACCGGGACGGCCUGACUGAUAUGACCUUGCUUCACUACGCUUGCAAAGCAGGAGCUCACGGUGUUGGUGACCCGGCGGCUGCUGUGCGUCUCUCUGACCAGCUGCUGGCCUUGGGAGCAGAUGUGACCCUGCGCAGCCGCUGGACUAACAUGAACGCGCUACAUUACGCCGCCUACUUCGAUGUCCCAGAACUCAUCCGGAUCCUUCUGAAGGCGUCCAAGCCGAAAGUUCUCAACUCGACAUGUAGCGAUUUCAACCACGGGACGGCUCUUCACAUCGCUGCUUCGAACCUGUGUCUGGGGGCCGUGAAGUGCCUCCUGGAACACGGUGCCAACCCCGCGGUCAGGAACAGCAAAGGUCAGGUCCCAGCUGACGUCGUGCCAGACCCGAUGGACAUGACCUUGGACAAGGCCGAGGCGGCCAUGAUAGCCAAGGAGCUAAAGCAGCUGCUGCUGGAUGCCGUGCCCCUGAGCUGCAAUCUCCCCAAGGUCACGCUGCCCAAUUACGACAAUAUUCCCGGCAACCUCAUGCUCAUCUCCCUCGGCCUCAAACUCGGCGACCGAGUCGUUGUGGACGGGCAAAAGGUGGGUACUUUGCGUUUCUGUGGCACGACAGAGUUUGCCAGCGGCCAGUGGGUCGGAGUGGAGCUAGACGAGCCAGAUGGCAAGAACGACGGCAGCGUGGGAGGAAUCCGUUACUUUAUCUGCCCUCCGAAGCACGGUGUCUUUGCUUCGGUGUCCAAGAUCACCAAAGCUACUGACCAGACACCUUCUUCGGUGACCUCAACCCCACGAACCCCCCGGAUGGACUUUUCCCGUAUGACUGCAAAGGGCCGCAAAGAGAAGGACAAGGACAAGAAAGAGCCAAAGUCCCUGUCGGUAGGGAGCCUGGAUCGCGAAGGGUUGAAAAUUGAGAUCGGAGACCAGGUCUUGGUGGCAGGUCAGAAGCAGGGUGUCAUCCGCUUUUAUGGGAAGACGGACUUUGCACCGGGCUACUGGUUUGGCAUUGAACUCGACAAGCCCACGGGGAAACACGAUGGCUCUGUCUUUGGAGUUCGCUAUUUCACGUGCCCUCCGAAGCAUGGAGUCUUUGCUCCUCCCUCCAGAGUCCAGAGAACUGGAGGCCCGAAGGACUCUCAUGGGGACAGCACCUCGGCAAAGAAAGUUCACCAAGUCACUAUUUCACAGCCAAAGCGCAACUUCACAGCCGUCAGAACCCCCAAAGACAUCACGUCGGAAAACUCCAUCUCUAGGUUACUCUUUUGCUGCUGGUUCCCAUGGAUGCUGCGGGCAGAAAUGCAGUCGUAAAAGUCCCAGAGUCCUCCUCCUCCUCCUCCUCCUCCUCCUCCGCUGUUCCUUGGCUCUUCGUGUAAUCAAAGACUACUCUUCAGUUCGUUCGCUCCUCUCUCCUUCCUAGGGUUGCCAGCCUCCAGGUGGGACCUGGAGAUCUCCUGGAAUUACAACUGGUCUCCAGAUGACAGAGAUCAGUUCCCCUGGUGAAAAAGGCUGCUAUGGAGGGUGGACUCUAUGGCAUUAUACCCUGAUGAAGUUUCUCCUUUCCCCAGAUCCCACCUUCCAUAUGCUAUGUCCCCAAAUCUCCAGGAAUUCCCCAACCUGGAGUUGGCAACCCUACUCCUUCCCCGAUUGCCAUUCUAGUGAACCCCAGUGCCUUGUUACAACAUAUUAACACCAUCCCUCCAGUAGUUUGUGAGAAAAGCGACACUUGUAUCUUCUG